AUGAACGACAACGAGGUGAACAGCAAAUAUGACCGCCAGAUGCGGUUGUGGAGCUCUUCGGGACAGAAGCGGCUGGUCGGCUCGAGGGUGUGCGUGGUGGAGGCCAAUGCCGUGGCGUGCGAGACCGUGAAGAACCUUGUUCUGGCUGGCGUGGGGCAGGUCGUCCUGUUGGACUCAGAACGUGUUUCUGCGGAAGAUCUCGCGACAAAUUUCUUUGUGGUAGCAGAGGAAGCGGGCAAAGCGCGCGGCGAGUGCGCGGCGAGACUACUGGGCGAGCUGAACCCAGACAGUACAGUGAUACACGAAAAGAGCUCGUUCGAGUCUCUUUUGAAGGACCGCUCGUUCUGGUCCCAAUUCGACUGCGUUGUCAACUGCAGGCUGGAUCACUGUGUUCCCCUGAUCGAGUUGCUUUGGGACUUGCGCAUCCCGCUGCUCCACGCCCACUCGAUCGGACUCUACUCGCUGGUCCGACUGUACUGCGAGGAGCGAACGAUGGUGGAGACGCAUUCUUCCCGGGCCGACGAUCUGCGCAUAGACGCGGUCUGGGACGAGCUGCAGGAGUACGUGGACUCUGUGGACGAGGCCUGUGUUGCCGAGGUGCCGUACAGCGUGCUGCUAAUUAAGGUGUACCAGGAGUUUGUGCGGGAGCACGGGAGAAGGCCGAGCACCAAAGAGACGCGACGGCGGCUUGCGCAGCUGGGCGACGACGAAAACGUCGAGGAGGCGAUCAAGAAGGCCGCCUUGGUGACAAAACGGUCCAGCGAACUGAACGAAAAAUUGGCGCAAUUGAUGCAGGAGACGGUGGACCUGUCUACGGCGAGCUCGUUCUGGGUUUUGGUGGAGGCACUGAAACAGUUUUACGAGAAACACGGCGUCCUGCCGCUCAGCGGUUCGCUGCCCGACAUGGCCAGCAACACGGAAAAAUACCUAAAGUUGCAGAGCAUCUACAGAGCCAAACACGAAACCGACAGGGACGAGCUCAAAGGACUAGCGCUGCAAAUCCUGGCGCAGCAUGGUCGAGCCGAGCAGAUCGCCGGGUCCGAGAUCGAGCUCUUUGUGAAGAACUGCAGCGUCCUGGAGGUGCACAGAGGCUCCAAAAACGUGUGGAGCUCCGAAAUGCUCAGCGAGGCGAACCCGGUGCUACACAACACCAACAUCUAUUUCGGGUUUCUGGCACUCAACACAUUCCACAAGGAACACAAGCGCCACGCUGCCCCCAAAGACCAGUCCGAAGUCCGUGCGCUGGCGAUCUCCCAACUGUGCCGCUGGGAAACGCUGAAAUCUUUCCCCGACGGGCUGGAGCUCGUGCUCGAUGAGCUUCUCCGAGCAGAAGGCACGGCUCUCCACAACGUCUGCGCACUGACGGGCGGCAUCGCAUCGCAGGAGGUCAUCAAGAUCCUCACCAACCAGUACGUCUCGUUCGACAACUGUCUCACGUUCGACGGCGUGCGCGGCCAGACAGGUAGCUGGAAAAUUGAAUAA